UUCAAAAAGAGAUCACCAACCAGGAAGUAAUCAAUCAGGAAGUUUUGAAAGUUUUAUAAAGUUUUUAAAACUAUUCUUAUAAGAAUCAAAUAGAGUAAAACGAUUCCAAAUAUUGAUUUAUAUGAAAUUUUCUACUAAUUCAACUAUAUACCACAAGCUGUCAUUAUUUUUAUGCUGCAGGAACAGUGUCAACUAUAAGAGAUUGUGAUUUCAACGUUGAACAUCAUAGAAUUCUGUAAUCAUCAUGAGUAGAUCACGCUUACCCCCACCCCCGGGCCGUAGUAGACCUUUACCACCCGAGCCUCCAUCAGGGGAGUCGGGUGAUGCCCCACCCCCUCUGCCAAAUAGACCCGGUCAUGGAGGUAAACCAGGACAUGGUGGGGGAAGACUCCCACC